CGCCCGUCAAUCUUAGCCCGCGAGAGCCAGCGGGGCUUCCACUCCCGGCCUCUGCGCGCUUCUCGCCCUCCCUGAGCGCUGCCUCGGUCCCUCCCCCACAGCUCUGCUCCAGCCUCAUUGGCCUCUUAUCUCCCCAGUAACCAGGUCACAACAGUGAGUUUGCAGCACCAAGGACAGGAGACCUGCCUUCUUUGGCCAGGAUGCCUUUUGGACGCUCUGCAGUGAGCAUCCGCUCCGAGGAGGGCAGCGAGCUCUUCCUCGAGGGCCUAGACUGGGAACUGAGCAGACUGCAGCGACAAUACAAAGUGAUGGAGGUGGAGAGGCAGACCUACAGCAGGGAAGUCCACCAGCGCCUCAAAAAGCAGCUGGAGGAGAUCAGGCAUCUGGAGGAGGUGCGGGAUGGGCUCCAGACGCAGAUCGGUGUGGCCCAGAGCCAGGUGAAGCGGCUGCGGGAUGGCGAGCGGCUGGAGAGUAUGGGCCGCCUGCUGAGGUGCAGGGCGCAGGCGCAGGCGGAGGUGGAGGCACUGCAGGAGCAGACCCGAGCCCUGGACAAGCAGAUCCAGGAAUGGGAGGCCCGGAUCUUCACGCAAAGUAAGAACGCCCUGGCUCCGGGCUUCGUCGUGGACCAGAAGGUCAAGAUCCGACGCAGGAUCAAGAUCCUGGAGGACCAGCUGGACAGGGUCACCUGUCGCUUCGACGUCCAGCUGGCGCGCAACGCGAGCCUUCGGGAGGAGCUGGACUUGCUGCGCAUCGAGAGGAGCCGCUUCCUGAGUGUGGACCACAAGCUGAGGAAGGAGAUCUCCCUCCUGCAGCAGACGGUCAGCGCCCUCAUUGUCUCUUCCACCUCGGCUUACACCAUCAGGGAGGAGGCCAAGGCCAAGAUGGGCAUGCUGCGGGAGCGGGCAGAGAAGGAGGUGGCGCAGAGCGAGACCGAGGCGCAGAUCUUGCAGCGGCAGGUGUCACACCUGGAGCAGCUACAUCGCUUCCUCAAGCUCAAGAACAACGAGCGACAGACGGAUCCUGCCAUCCUGCAGAAGCGCGAUCAGCGGGCCGUAGAGGUGGCGGAAGGACUCCGAAAGACCUCCCAGGAGAAGCUAGUGCUGCGAUAUGAGGACGCCCUGAAUAAACUGUCCCAGCUGACGGGCCAGAGCAAUCCUGACCUGUUGGUGCAGAAGUAUCUAGAAUUCGAGGAGCGCAACUUCGCCGAGUUUAACUUCAUCAAUGAGCAGAACUCAGAGCUGCACCGCCUCCAGGAAGAGAUCCAAGAGACCAAGGAGGCCUUGUCGCAGGAGCGAGUGCGUGCAGAGAGCCCGCGUCUGCGUGAGGAGCAGUGUGUUGCCCUGCAGCAACGUGUGGACAUUGUGCGCACCGAGGCAGAGCAGGUCGAAGCUCGGUCCCAGAGGCUCCGGGAGCAGCUGGAGAAGCUUAAGGCCGACAUACAGCUUCUCUUCACUAAGGCCCAUUGUGACAGCAGGAUCAUUGAUGACCUCCUUGGGGUCAAGACCCACACACGGGAUCGAGACAUAGGUCUCUUCCUGGCCAUCAUUGAGAAGCGCAUGGUGGAGCUCCUGACUGUGCAGGCCUUCCUGGACAUGCAGAGCCAGACCUCUGAGGCUGAUGCUGCACUCCUGGUGCUGGGCCAGAGCCAGGAGGAUCCUCCAAAGAAGAUAGACACCCUGCAGCUCCCUGACAAUCUAGAGGACCCCCCUGGCUUUGUGGCAAAAGACAGCUACCCUAUGAGUAGGGAGGAGCUGCUGCAACUUGUGGUGAAGGCGGUGGAGCAACGGGAGCUGGCUCAGGAGCAGAACCAGAAGGAGCUGUCCGAGGCCACGAGGAGGUUGGACGGCACUCUGAACACUGGGUUCUCUAGCACUUGGGGGUCUAGCACAGUCUCUGUCCUGGGGACCGUUCAGAAGACCAGUGGGAUGCCUGGGUCUAUCCUGAGCCACAGGACUAGCAAAAGCCGUGGCACUGGCUCAUUCGGCCGCGUCACUUUUGGCAUUCCCACCUCCAGCACAGGCCAGGUGUCCAGACCUGGCACCUUUGGGGACCUCAGCUCCAGUACCGGCAAAGCACAGGGUUCCAGCCCAGCCUCGAGUGGGGGCCACACGACCUUCAGUUCCAGGGCUUCUGGUGUCCACCCGGUGUCCACUGGCUAUGUGGAGACUAGCAGGAGCCAGGAGAACAUUGGAGGUGGCACAGAGAGCAGAGGCCUUACGUCCUCCAGCAAGGACACCUAGGGCUAUGUCUAGGGCCACCCAGCUCUGCCUGGCUUCCGCAGGCUUUCUCUGGGUCUCUGCCUCACUCUUGGAGAAUCUCAGUCUCUCUCCCAGCCCAGGCCUCUGCAUCUCUUCGCCCCUCGAUCUCUUUUCGUCCGCUUGUCAUUGUUACCCAUCUCUGCCUGCUUGGCCCUAACCCUCUGCUGUUGCUGUUCUUGCGGGGUCCCCCUCUCUGGCUACCUCCUCUCACCUCCUUCUGUGCACUCUCUUGGCAUCUCCUGUCCCUGCACCUGCACCUCUUUGGUCCUCACCCUCCCAGACCCCUUCGCCAGCCAGGUGAGGUGUGGCUGUGGGGAUAAAGGCCAGAGUAUGACGUCUACCCCAGCCUGGUUUUAAACUAAAUCUAAGCAGAUAAUGCCUAGAUCUACCUUUUGAACUUUGAAGCUUAUUUGCUUCAAAAUGGGUAAGUGAGCAGGCUUGAGACAUGGCUGCUGCUUCUACUCCAGUCCAGGGGAACAAUCUGUGACCCUGUCCCUGUUGUCUGCUGUUCGUCACUCGUCUUUU